CAGGUGCGCCCCGCCUCCUGGGGUCCGGCCACUACCUUGGGGAGCGGCUUCCUGGCGGCCGCCAUUGGCUCGAGCGCCCACGGAGCGUUGAAGAGGCUCGGAGCGGCGUGUGGAGCCGGUGGGGUGCGCCGCGAGCUCGCCCCGGUCCCCAAUUUCCUUCUUUGAGGCGGCGGCGGCUUCCCACCGAAGGCGCCCGAGUUUCCGAAGCUUCGCGGAAGCGCGCGCACCUGCAGCCCCGAGCGCCCAGUGCGCGUGCGCGGAGAGGGUCUGCCCGCACCUGCGCUCAGCCCCCUCCCACUCACCGCCCCAACGGCCGCCGUCGCCGGGCCGAGCCGGGCCAGCCGGGUGGAGCCGCUCAUGGCGCGCUGCGGUGGGCCCGGGCCGUGCGGGGCGCUCCUCGCCCUGCUGCUGCCAUCGCUGCUUCUGUCCGGAGCUGUGGCCGCCUCCGAAGGACGCAGCAUCCACGACUCCUGCUUGGUUUCCAAGGUCGUGGGCAGGUGCCGGGCCUCCUUCCCUCGCUGGUGGUACAACGCCACGGAGGGGAACUGCCGGAGGUUUUUCUACGGUGGCUGUGGGGGAAACGAUAACAACUACCUGACCAAGGACCAGUGUCUGAAGAGGUGCUCAGGAGUCACAGACCAGACCCCGAAUAAUGGCACUGCCAGCAGCAUUGGAGUUGACUCCUCUCUCCUAAGUGCUCCCAGAAAGCAGGAUGACCAGUCCAGCGAUAUUUUCAGCUACGAGGAAUACUGUGUUCCCAAGGCCAACACCGGAGUGUGCCGCGCAGCCUUCACACGCUGGUACUUUGACACAGAGAAGAACACGUGUGACAUCUUCAUAUAUGGAGGCUGCCAGGGCAACAAGAACAACUAUCUGUCCAAGGAGGAGUGCAUGAGCCAAUGCUAUGGCAAGCAGCAGCAGUACACCAGCCUGCCCCGAGAUGCCAAAUUGGUGGUCCUGGCUGGGCUCCUCUUCAUGAUCCUGAUGCUCUUGCUGGGAUUUUCUGUGAUCUGCCUGAUCCGGAUGGCACGGAAGAACCAGGAACGCCAACUCCAUGCGAUCUGGAGCUCGGCGGAUGACAAGGAGCAUCUGGUGAAGAAUACUUAUGUCCUGUGACCCUGUGACCACCCGCCCUGUGGCCCAGUGCCUCUCCCCCAGCCCAAGGCGGCCAGGGGCUGGGGUGCUUCCUGUGUUUUAAAAUAGAGCAAUUGUGCUGGGAGCUCACUAGGCCUUUGGUCUGUUUGUUCUGCGAGAAGAGCUCAGCUCACCUGCCAGAUCAGGCGUCUGCCCGUCCUUGUUCCACGCGUGUUCCUUUUGCUCCUGUUGACCCCUCAUGCCUCCUUCCCCGUCACCGCCGCCACGCUUCAGUAGUCCCCUUUGUUUGAUUGAUACGUGGGGUUUUUUAAGUAAGUGGAAACAGAAGGGUUUGUUUUUUAUUAGAUUUUCAAAGGAAAAGAGUGAAAGAUGUACAUGUUGAAUAAAAAGGGCCUUCCCUUAUAAAAAUGA